CAGGAUAGCUAGAGAGAGACUUAGCAAGAAUCACAUAGAGAUUAUACAGAGAGGGAGGAGAGACAGUUAACUGUCCGUUCAGAAACGGGAAAGGAGGAUCGCAGGAGAAAGGGACCUAGCUUGCUGGCCCGACACAGCAAGACUCCUAGGAGGGGGAGACAGAUUGUGGGAAAUGAGAGCCAGACAAAGAGAGAGGUGACAAAGGAAAAGUGUUCGAGAGGGCAUUAUACAUUGUAGCAAGAACUGGGCAGUGGGUCACUGAGAUACAGCAGGGGAUUGAGACGUAAACCAGACACAAGGAAUAUGAUAUGUCAGAAAACUGUCAUAUUAAAAGGAAACGGGAAGAGUGCCUGUGUAAUUGUAGUGGGCGUCUGCUGCAGAAAAGUUCAUUAUAGUUAAAUAAUGUGUUUUAUAGAACAGUCUGAGUCCAGUACUAUAGGAUUCUAUAGACUAAUGUAGGAGGAUUUGUGUUUGUAGCAAACAAUACUCUAUAGAGUGCAAGUUAUUGCAGUGUCUACAUAUAUAUUUAUGUAUACACAUACUGAGCAUUAUUAUUAUUAUUGUAAUGCUUUAUAUUCAAUCUUGAUAGGCAUAGAAAGUGUUGUAGUAUAGGUACUCAGACAGAAGGAAGAGUAGAUUUCUCAGAGGGGUUUGCAAUGAGUUCCUUGCUUGUAUCCUCUCCUUCUCUCACCACUAAUGCUCCCAGCUCCUCUUCCCUUCCCUCUCUUGGUCCAGUCUCUUCUCCUCUUCCCUGUCCAUCACGGGGGUUUCUCCGCAGCCUUCGUGUCUUGUACCACAUCUUGGAGGAGGAAGGGGGUGGCCGGGUCCAUGUGCAAGACAUUGAGGGAUUAUGGGGUGGCCCCACUAUCCUGUCUGGGGUCCCACAGGCACUCAGAGAUGCAACAGCUUCCAGUGGUGGCUACCUGAGCUUCCCUCGGCUGGUGAAGGGACUCACUCAGGCACUGAGGGCAGCAGAACCUCAAGAUACACAGACACACAGGAGAGGCGGGAAAGGAGUGACACGCUCACAGAGCAUCAACCAUGACGUCUCCUCAACUCCACGACUCUCGCGUCAGGAGCAAAGGUCACGCCGACACACGUUGACCAAUGGCAUUGAUUACAACACGUUACGUCGUAUGAAAGAAUUGGAGCAAGAACGAGAUGCCCUUCUAGAUGGUAUUCAGCUUGUAGAGCGAACACGGAAUUGGUACAUGGAAAGACUUCAUGAAGCGGACCAGCAGAGGGAGCUAGAGUGCAGUGCGGAGCAGUCUCUGCCAUCUCCUCUCCUUGGACCAUCUCUUUUGAUACAAAUUCAAGAAGUCAACAGGUUCCUGAAUGACCUCUUGUCCCCUCCAGAAAAGAAACAGCCCUCGUAUACGACAAAGCACCCUGAUGCCAUAACCACACUCAGAUACCAGAACCAGCUACUGACGCGGGAGCUCUCCACACAGAAUGAAAGGAUCUGGAAGCUGCAGCGAGAGAAUGAGGCUUUAUACAGGGAGCUUGAAGAGCGUCAGUUCCAUAGAGGGACAUUCAUCUGAGAGCAGUGGAUGCACCCGACCCCAUGUGCAGUCAGUUUUCCAUAUAAAGGGACAGAACAAGCUGUGCCACCGUCAGAAUAACCGUUAUAAAAUUACACAGUGCUAGAUCCAAUGAGACACAGUCUCAGUAAUUAGAGAUCUGCUGUUGGACCUGACUAGAAAGAAAAUAAACAUUGCUCUUAUCACUCGUCAGCCAAGCCUUCGGAUUGCAUGAUUUCUAUGAUCCAUGGCGUGUCUGGCCAGAGACCUCCAAGACAAACUGUGAAUAACAAAGUGUACGGCAUCUGUGUCUUACGAAAUACCGGUUCUUUUCACCAUAACACACACAUGCAGCGUCACUUCUUCCGAUCAUCAGAGCACUUCUCGUAUUUGAUUAUUUCUUAUAAUUACAUGACCGCAACGUUCUCAUCUUAUUACAGACACGGAACAUGUCUUCUUCUGCCCACAGAUCAGAGGAUUCUCCUCACCUUGGAAAAAAAAAAUUCUGUUUAAUCACAGACUUCCCAAGCCGAAUCCGCCACUAUAUGUGUCCCUUAAUUUUUAUAUUAAAAAUAUCACAUCCUU